AUGUUUCCUGAAGACUUCAAGAUUGCUAUAAUUUCUCCAAUUCAUAAGGCUGGAAGCAAAACUAAUUGCGAUAAUUAUAGACCAAUCUCGGUUCUAUCCUCAGUUGCUAAAAUAUAUGAGAAAUUAGUUACAGAGCAACUAGAAAUUUAUCUUGAAACUAAUCACAUUCUUGCAGAACAACAAGCAGGAUUUAGGAAAAAUCACUCUACACAAACUUCUCUACUUAACAUCACGAACCAAUGGCUAAUGAAUAUGGAUAAGG